CCGGCCGCUGAAGCCCGGGACGCGCCGCCCGCUCGCGCCCUCCGCCCCCCAAGAUGUGGCAGAACGUCGGGCUGACCCUGCUCGUGUUCGUGGCCACGCUGCUGAUCGUCCUGCUGCUGAUGGUGUGCGGUUGGUAUUUUGUAUGGCAUCUUUUCUUAUCUAAAUUCAAGUUUCUGCGGGAACUGGUGGGAGACACGGGAUCCCAGGAGGGAGAUCAUGAGCCUUCAGGGUCUGAAACUGAAGAAGACCCUUCAUCCUCCCCACACAGGAUCAGAUUUGCUCGCCAAAGGAGGGUGCCUGCUGAUGAAGGCCACUGACGCCGGACAUAGCCCUGUAUUAGUGAAUGAUGGAAGGCAAUGGCAGGCUUCUGUCUUUCGUGUCUUGGCUUUGAGGUUUACUAAAUGACUGAAGAACAUUUGUACUUGGAUUUUUAAGUCCAAUUCAAAAAAAUAUUUACAUUGAAGCCAUAUAAAAAUAAAGGGAAUUAAAACCAAAUUGGACCACUGCAAAUUUCAUCUUAAAGGUAAUCUUUUGUUUUGUGAGCUUUGUACUUAUACACUUAUUCCUUGGCUCUUGGGCUUAUUUUAUUGCACUGGUGCAGAUCUGAUAAACAUUAUAGGCUUGAAAAACCAUAUUUUAUUAGUCCUAAAAUGUAUGCUUUUCUCCACAUUUUAACUUGUAUGAAAUUGGGAUGCAUCUCAUUACUGUCAACCAGGUGAUAGUCAUGUAAUUACCCUAGCUUUUGCAUGUGUGAAUUUACAGCUUGUCAUAGUGUCAUCACUUUAACCGAGGUAUGUAUUGUUGGUAUCAAAUGUGUCAGGCUUAAUUGGCAUUUAAAAAUGUCUUCAAAAAGAUUACACUAUGAUUCAGCAUUGAAAUGAAAAGUUAUUGUGUAUGCAGAAAAGCAUGGAAACAGCAGCAGGGCAUACAUUUGAUAUCAGUGAAGCAAAUAUUUGUCAUUGGAGAAAUGACCGCAGCUCUAUAUUUUCUUGCAAAGCAACGACAAAAUGUUUUACAGGACCUAAGAAAGGAAGAUACCCACAGGUAGACAAAGCUGUAGUUCAUUUUGUCAGUGAGACACGUGCAAAAGGAUUGCCUAUCACAUGCCAAGCAAUGCAAUCGAAGGCAGGAGAAAUUGCCAAAACCCUCGGAAUUGAUGAAACAGAAUUCAAAGCAACGAGAGGCUGGUGUGACGCUUCAUGAGUUGAGCAGGACUGCCCUUAAGGCAUCAACCAUCCUUUUGUCCAAAGCUUCCCACUGACAUGAAACAGAAGACAGUGCUGGAUCACUCUUUCAACAGAUGCGUCACCAGUACUCCUGAUAACAUCCAUGGCGAUGUUGUGUGGGAAAACGCAGACAUUGAUGACUGAUUUGAAAAGCGAUUCAGAAGGGUUGGAUUCUGAAUUCGAAGUUAUAGUUAUAACUUAAUCAAUUUAUUUCACACAUUUUCUUUACAUAUGUAUAAGGUUGGUGUGAUAAAAAUCUGUUUAAUUCUAAAAGCACUGUUUUACUAAAUACAAAAUAAACUUGUGAUACGAAAGCAUUGUGUCAUAGUUUAAAUGGGCAGUGUUUUUUCCUUAGUGAUACUUUGGUGCAUCUUAGCAAUUGAUGGUAUCUUAGAUUAAAUAAAAAAUAGUUUGUAAAUUUAUUUUUCUUUCUAAGAUAGCAAUUAUUGGAGAACUUAAUUCUCACUCUUAUAAUAGUUAUCUUCUAUGAAAUACAUUUUUUGGGAUAACCUAUUCAAGACUUUAGAGUAGUAACUUAGGAAUCUAAGACUAUCUUCUACUUUAGGAAGAGUAAGAUUAGUUACUCCCUUUCUAUGGGAGGACUUUAUGCUCAAGGCAUGAGUUGUGGAGAAAAAACACUUCUUCACAAACAACUUCUCAGUGACAAGACCUCAAAGGUACUGGGUAUUGAAAAAAAUAGACUGGGUGAAAAUACCUGCUUAACUGUAAAAUGACUCUUGCCAGGUUUCCAUGUUUGUCUUAAUUGAACUUUGGACUGAGUGUUUACUAGGGAAGAGAGAUACUGACUAAAGAACCUUCCUGUUUUGUUACCUGCUUUGUACAAGAAUUAAAUGCUAAGCCAGCUUAUUUUAUUAAUCCAAGUUAUUUUUUAUGUUUUUAACCUGUUUCUCAAGAACAGAAUAUCACCUCUAUUUUAUGAUGGUGUUUAAUUAUUUUGAUACCUCAUGCUUCAUGUUGGUAGUUUUGUUUAUUAAUAGUUCACUGUCUCUGCCCCAAGUUGUAUUCCUGAUGAACACUUCUUUGCUAAUAUUGUAGCCCUUUGGAUAUACUAAAAGGGAUUUCACAGAGCAUGACUUCAGUUUUAUAUAUUUGCUAGGGGAAGAUUCCCAGCAGCUGAGAGUGGGGCACAAUAUUUCUGUCAUUUCCUGAUUGAAUGCAGUUUUCUAUAUUUAUGUGACUAUAGGGCAUAAAAUAGUGAUACAGUUUCAAGCAUUAACUUUAAUGCUUCAUGCUAGAUAAAUAUCACAUUAAAGUGAUCAUCAGUUAGAAAAAAAAUUAAUGCCCAAAAAAGGUUCUUGGUAAUGAGAUAAUAUUUAAAUAAGAUUUUUCAUAGUCUAACAUUUUGAGCUGUGGAUUCUGCUUUAUGAUGGGAAAUCUGUUUAGUUGAUAAUAGUUGCUGAAAAACUUUAAGUAGCUGGCAAGCUUCCUGUUGUGUCAGUAUUAUAGCAUGAUGGCUGGUGUAGCCCUUCACCCCAAACCUACAAGGGUCCUGCCCAAAAUAAUUCAGAGUAAUUACUGUAAAGCUAUAUAUGUUGGCAUUAUUUAUUGACAUUUAUGCUUCAAGCACGUCUGAGAGAAUUUUAAGUAAAGUUCUGCUUAACUUACGUGAGAAACAUACCUAAAAGCAUAUUAAUUACUAGCUCACAUUUAGCAUGUUUUAACUUUCACUUAGAGGAUCACUGCUGCCAAUAUGAAGAUUCUACGAACAAACCCUUUCCUGAAAACUUUUUUUCUUCUUGCACCCCACAACAUGCCAUAGUAUGUAUUUCUAAGGCCACUAAGGCAAGAGAAAUAGUUGUUAACGCAGAAUUAUUUGCUGUAUAGUGUUUGUUUUUUUCCUUUUUUAGUGCUCUUUUUUUCCUUUUAGUGCUGAACCUACCAGAACUACAUCACAACCUGCAUUUUCAGUCUCAGUGGGAUAUGGACUAGCCUGUGGUUAAUUUUAAAGUUUAAAAGGUUAUGAGCAUCAAAAAUACAAGUAUUAGAAUUUUGUCUGAAUCCUCACAAAGAGUGAUGGUGAUCGAGUGUGCCAUCUUUUGAAGAUUAAUCCUAAAAUUGAGGACUCUGGUAGGUUGUUUGAUUUCCUUCCCAACCAACCAUUCCCAAAUCUUUCUGACUUUGCCUCUGAAUCUUUUUGUGAUAAUUACGUAUACCAAUUGGUAGCAUUGUUCAAAUUUAAAUGCCAAAAAAACCCCAACUAAAUGUUUGUGUAGCACUGUUAAGUGAGGUUUUUAAUACUUACAUUAAGCUAAAUAUAGAAUUCAAUUAAUGGGUUUUGUAAUGAUGUUUUCAUGGUGGAAACAAAUACAUUGUUACGCAGUGGACAGCCAUUUCACAGAUGUGCUGAACCAUUUCUUUAGAUGUUAUUAGGUUUAAAAACCAUUAAAAAAUGUUAUUUGCUGUAAGUUUGGAAUAUAUAAAGUAAUAAAUUCACAAAAUGUGGCCUCUUAAAACAUGUUGAAAGAUUUGAAAGUAGUGCAUUUUUUCUUCUAAGAGCAACAGUUUUGAAAAUUAUUUUAAGUUAAUGAUGCAAUAUUUUGUAAAGUCAGUUUUCCUCAAAAGGUAUGUUUUAACGUAACAUGUAACUAAUGUAACUAGAUUUUGACUGGUAAGUUUCAAGUGCUUUUAUAUUUGAGAUUGAUUUAAAAAGCCAGUGAGGAGUCCUCGAAGGUUAUAGAUGCUCAAGCAACUAAAGGAAUAGUGUUCUGUUAUGGAGUCUAGAAUGAAAGCACCUUGUAUUAUCUGUUUCUAAAGUGUCCUAUAGUUUUUAACUUAAAGUAUAAAGAGUAACUUUUCAUCCUACGUUAAUGAGAGUUACGUUUUCCAUUUGUCAAUGUACAUGCACCGCCUGUUUUGUGAGGAAUGUUUAACGUUACCCUCCAGGUCAGUUCUGUGUAUAACCGUUCACCAAAUACUGCUGCUGUGAUUUCUUAAAGGAAACAUUCUGUGUUGUACUAUGAUGCAUUUGUCAUCUUGCUGCUUGACCAAUAGGCUUAUAAGGAAUUAGAAUUGUGUGUACUUUUGUAUAACAAGAUGUAUAUUAAAGAUGAGGAAUGAGUGUAAAUGAUUGUUCACUUUUUGUCUUAAAACUGGUCAGUACUAUAUCUGAGUUUCUGUGGUUUGUCAGUAUGAUGUUUUAACUUUCACUUUAAACUGCACAGAAUAAAUUAAAAUGAAACAGAC